AUGUAUCGUGGUCAUCGUAUUGCCGGAGGAUGUGCUUCUCCACUGAGGCCCAUUCGUCCUCCACGAGACCAGUCCACCUCUGCUCACCGCAGGCCUCCCAGACUGCAUUUUAUGAGCUGGAACGCUAGUGGGCUCUCGAGUGAGCGCUAUCAGCAGGUUGCCCUGUGGCUGCGCACCCACGGCCAGCACUUGGCCAUCACGGACCGUGUCUCGGGCAUCUUAGUGCUAGUGAACCUCCGGUUCUUCCAGCGCGACCAGAUCCAGCUCACCUCUGUCAUCGAAGGCAGGCUGGUUCACCUGUUCCCGAGUCGGAACUCCGUGCUGGUGUUAGGGGACAUGAACAUUGAUCUUUUUCCUGACCCACCACAUGUUGGCACGCAAAUCGAUUUUGCGCUCACGCGCCAGACCACUGCUGAUGGCAUUGCCAGGCGCACCUGUCCGGCACAGGCACAGCUCUCUUUAGCACGUGCACAGCCAGAUGACGUGUCCGAUUGCCUUCUGCAGGCCUGGACCCUCACUGCACCCUGCCCGACUACGAUCACUCCAACCCACAGUCCGAAAACUCAGCUGAUUCUCCACCUUUGGCACUUGCGUCGUGAACGACGGUGUUUCGUGCAGCGACAGGAUCCCUCUGCCUCUCGGGCUUGGUCUAGGGAGGCCGAGUUGAAAGAGGCUGCCAAGAGUCUCAAACUGCUCUGCGCUCAGAAUAGGCAACUUCGCAUUCAGCAGAUCUUGCAGGAAGCGGAGCAGGCUGCUCAUAAAGGGCUUACGGCUGUCUACCAGGUGGUGAAGCGUCUUGCUCCCAAAACGACACCCAAGCCUAUCCUCUUCCGGGAUCCGCAGGGAACUCCCCUCACCACGGCUCAGGAAGCGCAGACCUUGAAGGACUACUUCUGCCGCCUCUACCGCUCCUCCUUGCCGGAGCCUCAUCCACCGGGCCACUCUUUUACCCCGUUUGAUGUGGAGGAGCUUACUGGUGUCAUUGCGCAACUUCCCUCUGGCAAAGCUAAACCCUCCUGGCUUGCCCCUGCCCCGCUUUGGUCUCUUGCUGCUGCCCAUGUUGCUGAUGUUAUUCACCCGGCCCUGACCCAAUGGCUCACUCAUAUGACGGACCCCAUGCCGGGGCAGUGGCCAAAAUCUUCGCUGUGCCUUCUGGCCAAACCGUCGAAGCCUCCGAAAUGUCCUGAGAACCUCAGGCCUAUCGCUCUUCUUCAUCCGGUUUCUAAAUGUUUGGCGAAACUGGCGGCUGGUCUUCUGCGCCCGACUGUGCAGCAUCUUGCCACGCGUUUCCCCCAGUUCGCUUAUAUAGGGGGCCGAUCUGUGGAAGACUCUAUCGAACGCGCAUGUUCCCAUUGCGCAGCUGUACGCACGACUCUUGAAGCGCAAAAGUACAACAUUCACCUUCGUCGUCAAGGACAUGUUACGGGAAAAUGUAAAGGAGGGAUCACCCUCUCCUUAGAUCUUUCCCGGGCGUUUGAUUGCUUGCCGCGAGAGAUCCUGCACAAAGCUCUUGUUUUUGCGGCUCUCCACUCGGGGGUGCGUCAAGGUUGCAGCCUAUCUCCAGCACUGUGGAGUAUCUUCAUCUGCUAUGUCCUCCAUCUUUUAAGUGCGAAAAUUCCUCUCUCCUGUCUUACAGCGUUCUCAGAUGACAUCCUUGCACAAUGGGAGGUCCAUGAGCCUGAAGACAUUCUUCGCAUUUUACAGGACAUCGCUUUCAUCAUUGACACUCUGACCUCCCUUGGCAUGUCAGUGAGUGACUCCAAAACAGUGAUCCUCGAUGGCCUCCGAGGUCCCGCCAAGUCCAGACUUCUACGCCCUCUUCUGCAGCACCAUAAGGACAAGGGCCCCUGUCUUCGAGUGAUGUGUGCCACUGGGCCAUUAGAUCUGCCCUUUCGCAAGCAGCAUCCCUACCUGGGUAUUGUGCUUAGCUACGACUGUUUCGAGAAGCUCUCCCUUCAAAUCAGGAUCAAGCAAAGUUGGGCCAACUUCAGUCGCCUCUUCUCCCUGCUCAGAUCCAAGCACAUCCUACCCAUUCAGCGCUUGCAGCUCUGGACUGCUUGUGUGUUCUCCACGCUGAGAUACGGCCUUACCAGUACUGGCUUGCCUCCUCGAGGCCCUGAUCUCAUUCGCCAAGUAGUGGCCAAGCAGGUCCGCCUUGUCCUCAAAUCCCCAAGCUGGAUCACUCAUGAAACCACAGCUGAUCUGUAUACCAGGCUCCGCUUCCAGGACCCCAUUGUCCAGCUGUCCAAUCAGUUGCAAUCGCGUCAGACUCGUCCCUCCCUCAGCGUAGAGGCCUUCGAUACCCCUGAACGUCUGCGGUGGAGGGCUGCUCUCCCUGCGUCCUUUGUGUCUGACACGUCUGCCCAUCUGUCUCCUACCACGCAGCCUGUGCAAGGGACCUCUCGCUGCAGCCUUAUGGAUGUUUCGGGCAUCGUUACGCGUACCUAUGCAUGCCCACACUGCCCGCAAACCUUUCCCACUUUGAUUGCCCUUCGCACCCACUGCACCAAAUCACAUGGGCCAUCAUCAGACCAAGUUGUCGCACCUCCUGCUGAGCCUGAUGUUCCACACGGCUCGACCAAGACCAUGCCACCUCCUGGCAAUGCGGCCGCCACCUUGAUUCCUUCCACUAGUGAGGGUGUUUCUCACCUUCGACCUCCUUCGCAACAACAGCUACGUGCACGGUUCAUGCAUUUUGCUAAGGAUGGUAUGCCCCACUGCACCCUGUGCAACAGGAAGUUUGCUGCUUGGCCACCCUUUCUCAACCAUCACUACACCAACUCCUGCCCGGCUCAGGUUCACGACGAGUCCCUGAUCAAGAACCCUGCUGCGCCUGCCGCCUCCUCUUCUGUCUCGGCCGCAGAUCCUGCUUCCAGUGUCGACCACUCCGAGCUUCCUGCCGCCCCACCUACACAGGCUGAUGCCUCCUCGCCCACGGUCACUCCCUCGGAUGCACUGCCGCUCCUUCAACGCCCUGCCAUUCGUGAUUUAGCUCUUCAGGACGACUGGCAGCUCCUGGCUCGCCAACUUCGCUCCAUGCACACCGGCCAAGGGUUGAAACACUGCCCUGUUUGUCAUCAGUGGUUCACUCGCACGCAGGACAUCUUCCGUCAUCUGAAGCGUCAGCACCCGCUUCCCGCGAUUCUUGAAUCCCUGCGAGCUGACUGGCUCACAGCGCGUACAGCAGCAGCCCGCUCCCCCUGUAGCUGGUGCAGGCUCACGGUCUCCUUCAAGACCCAACACGUUGCCGCGUGCCCUGUUCUGCAGCAAACUAUCACCCUUCGCCUUCUCGCUCUGGGCAGCGGCCUCUCUCUUCAAGAGGCACAGAGACAGGAGGUUCAGGCAGAGCUGCAGCUCCUCCAGUGUUGGGGCGAGGGAGCCAUGGAGCUGGAUGUGGCGAACAAACGUCGCGAGAUGGAGGAUGCGGAAGACCAAGAGAAGGAGCGGGACACGAAAUGGGCCAGACCGGAAUCCAAGGGAAAGGGCAAUCAGCUGGGCCAGUCCAAGAACCAAGGCCCUCGCAGACAGCCGAUUCGCCGAUCGACAGAGGCGGACACCAGAGCCCCGGAGGGAAUGAUGUGGUUGCUGGGCAAGCUUCUUCUACGCCACGAGGACCAAAUGGGUAUAGACAGGACUCAGAACGGCUUUGUCAUGUUCUUCAAGAGGGAGAGUAAAUCUCAGCACUGGCACGCCCUGAAAGAGCAGAAGCAGGAGAAGAUGGACGAGAUUGCUAUGCCUCUGAGGUCCUUCCUAAUGCACACCAUGCUGGAGACCCUCGUGACGAGAAUCAAGGACACCGUGAAGAGCGAGGAGCAGCUGAAGACCGCCACCACCCUACAGGUGUUCUUGCCGAAGGAGGGCGAUCUGGAGCUUCGCAUACCAUUCUUGAGCUACAAUCCAGAGACCAAGGCUCUGGUGCUCCUCCCAGAAGUUGAGGUUCGCCGCCAAGGUGAGGGAUCCUGGCACAGGAUCACUCUGCACCCCUUGGCAUCCCUUCAGUUCCUUUUGGCCGAGGUUGAGAAGUGUGCCCAGGUUCGCUGCCGUUCUGCCCGUGUGUGGCCCGAAGGCCCCUUCCUGGGCAACUGCCGCUCGAUAGGGAGCCAGUUGCCUCAGGGCACACGGUGGCUCCUGGUUGAUGGCUUGGAGCUGGGAGAGCACCAUGACCCGGUCCUUUUAGUGCCGCCCUCGCCGGUUUCGCAACCACUCACUGCACCGACUCCCUCUCCGGAUGAGGUUCCACACCCCUGUGCAGCCUCACCGGCCCUUCGCACUCCCCCUCAGCCUUCCACUCCUGUGGGGCCCCCGGUCAGUUUUCACCCUCGCAAUCGAGGGCCGGCUCGUGAGAGCCGAUUUGCUUCGGCUCCGGCCUUCCCCUGGAGACCCCCACGGAGUCGGGCCCCUCCCCUGUGGUUCUGCCUGAGGGAGCAAGCGGUCCACCCCAGCCGAUGCCGGUUUCCGUAUCCGGCAACCCUGAGCCCUGAGCCAGCCUCGGCAUCCUCCGUGCUUCAGGCACCCCUUGCCACCCUGGCCGAAGGGCCGGAGUUGAGCCCUACUCCUGCCAACCCUUCUGGGCCCUCCGAGGACGAGGCAACCGAGCCGCCCUCUCCGCCCCCUCACCGUCAGGUUCGAGGUUCGGCUGCACCGAAGUCUCCUCCCCACGUGCAGGUCAUCUCAGACAACUUCCUGAGGUGUUUUGCUUGUUCUGUGGCUUGUGCCAACCAGCAGCUCAUGGAAGGUCACAUCAUGACCUCUCGUCAUGUUCGCCUUACCACCCAGUACAUCGCCCGGCGACGUCGUGAAAUGGAAGAUGAGCUGGCAGAGGAGGCCUCGCAGGCUCUGGAUCGCCUUUCGAGGUCCUGA